CAUAUAGGCUCCUUGUUCUUUUUUCUGUGAAGAUUUUCGCAAUAUCGUAAACUCACCACCCUAAGCGCACGCCCACAAUGUUAUCCAAUCCUCAGGCGUAGAACACGUAACUGUCUUGCUAUUGGUUCAAAAGAAAUGAGAAGAGUUCGGCACAAUGUAUGUAGUAAAAGGUAAAUCGUAAUGGGCAUUGAUAUCUCUUAUCUCGGACGUGUUUUUCUCCUUUUGCUCACAGCUCGUCCGUUUCUUUUAUGUUCCUCGUCUAUCUUGUGACUUUCAAUGCUUAUAAUCGUCAAGUCUCAGAGCAGUUUGUGUAUUUCGUAUCUACUGUAUACUGGCGCACGUUGAUGCGCAGUUAGUUGAAGCAUUUGAAGAUUGAAUUACUGUAGACUACUGCUGGUCCUUUAAUAGCAGUUGAUAGUGUAUCUGCGAACUUAAAUCAAACUUUGAAUCACUUAAUUCUUGAAAACUUAUACUUAUGAGCAAGAAAUCGAAUAAAAUGGCUGAACCAAAAGCUACGAAGAUGGACUUUAAUUCCGCUUUUCAACGAACUCCAUCAGUGAUAUUCCAUGUCAAACAGUCAAUGGAAGAUUUUUACCUUUCUGACGAUACUUUGGAACAAAUAACUAAACAAAUGGAAGAGGAAAUGGUGAAAGGCCUGGGAAAAGACACCAAUGAGUCUGCCAAAGUAAAAAUGCUGCCAUCUUUCGUUCAGGCUCUGGCAGACGGUUCAGAAAAUGGAACUUUUCUUGCCCUAGACUUAGGUGGGACGAAUUUUAGGGUUCUGCUGGUGAAACUUGAACAUGGUGAAAAACCUGAAAUGGACAGUCAAAUAUAUAAGAUGCCUGAAGAAGUUAUUACAGGGUCUGGUGAAAAACUUUUUGAUCACAUUGCACAGUGCAUGGCAGAAUUUUUGACAAGACUUAAUAUGAAGCAUGUUAAACUGCCAGUUGGUUUCACAUUUUCAUUCCCAUGUCAACAAGACAGAAUUGACACAGCAAGAUUGAUAUCUUGGACCAAAGGUUUCAGUGCUGAAGGUGUAGAAGGUAUGGAUGUGGUGUCCUUGUUGCGUGAAGCUAUAGACCGACGAGGGGAUAUCAAAGUUGCUAUAAUAGCGGUGGUUAAUGAUACUGUGGGGACCCUCAUGAGCUGCGCUUACGACAUUCGAGACUGUAUGGCUGGUCUUAUUGUUGGCACUGGUAGUAAUUGUUGUUACAUGGAAAAAAUGAAGAAUGUAGAAUUACUGCCUGGAGAUGAAGGAGAUAUGUGCAUCAACAUGGAAUGGGGUGCUUUUGGUGAUGAUGGAGCACUGGACAUUAUUAGAAAUGGUUAUGAUAGAGAGGUCGAUUGCGCAUCUCUCAACAAGGGAAAACAACUGUAUGAAAAAAUGAUCAGUGGAAUGUAUAUGGGUGAACUUGUGCGACUUGUGUUAUGCAAACUGACUGAUGAUAAAGUUUUAUUCGAUGGUGUUGCUUCGGAAUCAUUGAAGACGCAUGGGAAAUUUGAAACUGCAUUUGUCUCACAAAUUGAAAGAAAUGUGCCCAAUGGUUACACUGCAUUGCAAAACAUCUUGCAUAACUUGGGCCUUGGUGCUCUUCAUUCUGAUUGUGAAAUUGUUGAAUACGUAUGUGAGGCAGUGUCUACAAGAGCUGCCUAUCUUUGUGCUGCAGGCAUUGCCGCCAUUGCACGCAAAAUCAGGGCAAAUUAUCCCGAAAAGGAAGAAUUGGAGUUUACUGUUGGAGUUGAUGGAACUGUGUACAGAAAACAUCCAACCUUUGCCAAGAACAUGGCUCAUAAAGUUGGCCAGUUAACUGAGGGUCGUGGCAUCAAUGUUAAGUUUGCUCUUUCAUAUGAUGGCAGUGGCAAAGGUGCCGCUCUUAUAACAGCUGUAGCAGCAAGACUUCAUAUGGAAAAAGGAAAGGGCGAGAUUGUUGGACGUUGAAUAUCAUGAUUAGUAUCUCAUGUUUUCUUGCCACAUUGCCAUGAUAGACUUGGAUUCUUUUUUUUUGUAUUGCAUAGUAUUUGAAUGUAGCACUAAUUAAGUUUAUUAUCUUUUCUGAAUGAAUUCAUAAUUUUUUUAACAACUUUGCUGCUUUUUUGGAUUAUCGCAUUUUAACAUUGCACAAAACUUGUAAAUGUUUAUACAUUGUCAUAGUGCUUAUUUCUUUAUUGAUCAAAUCUAUUUUUUGAUGCUUGGUGCACAUAAACAGUUCCCCUCUCUUGAUAUAUAUAUAGUAAUUCUUUAUUAAUAAUUGUACUGUAUGUGUGAUAAUUUUUGAGUCUUAUUUAUAUUUUAAGCAUAAUAGCAUAUAAUUCCUGACAUAAAAGUUUGCGCGAGCACUGGUUUCCUAACAUGAACUGAUUGGGCAUUUUUCUCUUGGAAUGGCUGUUCAUGUUACUUUCUGUAUGGAUUGUUGGCAUUGAAACUCAUCACACCAAAUGAAUAUUUAAAUAUAUUACAGUAAAGUAAACAUGUAAAUCUUAGGUUUUUGGUAAGGUUAAAGACUUUAGAACCACAUUAAUAUUGACCACAUUUCCAUUCUGUUUCAUAUUUAAUACUUAUCUGCUGUGUUUUUAUUACUUAUAUUGUAUAUACUACAUAAUGAAUCAAAGUAAUAUAUUUUAUUUUGAUGAUUUUGUUGUAAAAUUCAUCUCAAUGAUAUUUCUGCACAUAUUGAUGAAUUAAUUUCUGCUUUGCUGAUUUGAUCUACAUUGUUGGUUUAUGAAACUACUGUUCAGCCAAUACACAUAAUUAAAAUGAUUUCUAAGUCACAUUUUAAAUUUAGCUUUAAAUAUGUAUGACUUUAUAUUUAUCAAAUGACACUGAUACAUAUUUUUUACAUAAAUUCUCUUGAUCAAACAGUAUUUUAACAUGGUACCGUUCUACUCGGUAGUACGUGAUAACACACUUUAUCUCUUCAAAAAUUAUUGACAAGAUUUUAAUGAUUUAAAGAUUUCAGCUGAACAUUAAAUAUUCUCUUUCAUAUAUGUAUUUAUGCUUUUCUGUAUGCUGAAUGUGUUUUUUUUCUUUUUCAAAUGAGUCAUUCAAAUAUAGAUUCUGCACUAGGACCAA